AUGGUUCCUGAAUCUAAGAUAUGUUUGCAUCUCCUCCGCAAACUUAACUAUGAUGGGCUAAGAUUCCCCUCACUGCCGAACGACGAUGCCGUGGUAUGGUGGCUCAUGCAUGAGAUCCUCAGAAGCAUCAAUGGAGGGACAGUUCCAGAAGACCUCACAAAAGCAGUGAGCUGUGCUGUGCAGGCCAUAGUCGAGUGGAAUCUUGGAUCCAGCACUGAGGAUGAACGUUAUUGGAAAGCAGCAUGUAUGCUCGUGACGACUUAUAAGGGCAAAAUCUGGGUGGCAGACCAACUUCUAGCAGCAUAUAGCGAUGUUUCAAACACCAGUUUCCACGUGACUGAAGGGCUCCAAUAUCUUUACAUCCUCCCGAUGGCGGCAUACUAUGGAAACAAGUCAGUUGUCGAAAAGAUCUUGAAAGAUGGCGUGGAUGUGAACUCAUCUGAUAAGUACCUUGGCAACGCUUUGCAUGCAGCUGCCCAUCGUGGGAAUACAGAUAUGAUUCAGCUGCUCUUGGACAAUGGGGCAGAUGUCAACAGCGGAUGUGGAAACAGUCCACUACAUGCUGCCGCCAUGAAAGGCCACGAAGAAGCUGUGCGACUGCUAUUGAAGCAGCGAGAUAUCGACGUAAAUUCCAAAAACUUGCAGAAUCAGACACCACUUUUGGUCGCGGUUAAAAAGAGACACACUGGAGUAGUUCGGCUACUUUUGGAGAGGAACGACAUCGACAUUAAUUUCCAUAAUGGAGAUGGCAGAACUGCUCUUUGCCAAGCGAUGGCGGUUGUAGGCAAUGAAGGUAUUGUCGAAUUGCUUCUGGAGAGGAGCGAGCCCGAUAUCCGGCGUCGUUUUCCUUGGGACAAGUUCAGACUGUGCAGAUACUCCUAA